AUGGUCAGGACCAGGUCGAGGGCUACUAGCCCUGGCCGUCAGGGAAGCAGAGGCGCUUCAAGUGAUCCCCAGCGUGAUCGCCAAUCUGCACCAGUCAUGCAGACGUCAUCCGUUCAGAAUAUGCAAUCCAUGGCGGCUGCAAUGGCGGAAUUGACUCGCCAAAACCAGGAGUUAAGGAUGGAGAUCAGUCAGAGAAGACAGACACGUGAGGAUCACGCAGGACAGACACAAGGCCAUGGUGACAAAGAGAAUACUGAGGUUGGAAGCCAGUUUAGAGGCACCACUUCACGGGUAGUGCCACACUUGAAAGAGGAGAUGGACCAAAUGAAGAAAGUCAUGGAGGAGAUGAAGGAGAACAUGAGGAGAACUAAUCCUAUAGAGGAUUUGGUCCACAGAACAGAUUCUCCUUUUACGGCUUCCAUCAAUGGCCACCCCUUACCAUCAAAGUUCAAACUGCCUUCCCUGGACUCGUAUGAUGGGACGCGUGACCCCUUUGAUCACAUUGCAACAUUCAAGACGACAAUGCACCUCCAAGGGGUCCCUGAUGAAAUCAUGUGUCGAGCCUUCCCUACUACCCUUAAAGGCCCGGCACGAGUUUGGUUCAGUAAAAUCCCCCCAAGUUCCGUAAGUUCUUUCGAAGAGUUAAGCAAAUUGUUUGUUAACAAUUUCAUCGGGGGACAGAGGCACAAACGCUCUUCGUCCAGCUUACUGACCAUAGAACAAGGGGAGAACGAAAGCCUGCGGUCAUUCAUCACUCGCUUCAACAGGGAAGCCCUUAGCGUGGACGAGGUGGACGACAAGCUUCUACUGGCAGCCUUCCACAAUGGGAUUAAUUCGGAUUUAUUUAUCCACAAGCUAUACGAGAAGGAGCCGCAAACCAUGGCCGAGCUCGUGCUCAUGCAAAUCAAAGACGAUCCUUCUUUAAAAUGGCCAGAGAAGAUGAAAGGGGAUCCCAACAAGCGCAAUAAGAACAAAUAUUGUCGCUUUCACAGGGACCAUGGGCAUGACACGGAUGAGUGUUAUGACCUAAAACAGCAAAUUGAGAACCUUAUCAGGCAAGGAAAGUUGAAGCACUUUGUUGGAAGGGAUCGUACAGAUGAGAAGCUGAAAGGCAAAAUGGAGGAAUCAUCCCGGCCCCCACUUGGAGAGAUAAGGAUUAUCGUUGGAGGGAACCUGAUGGGGCGAUCUUCCAAAUCGAAGAAGACGUAUCUCAAAGCGGUACAAAAUGUCCAGCUCUCUGGACGACCACCAAGGACGAGAUUAAUGGACGAGCCAACCAUUUCCUUCACCGAUGAAGAUGCUGAGAGGAUCCAUCACCCGUAUGACGAUGCGAUCGUUAUUACACUGCUCAUUGCAGAUUAUACAACCAGAAGAAUGUUAGUUGAUAAUGGAAGUUCAGCAGACAUAUUGUACUACCCCGCCUUCCAACAGAUGAGGCUUGGACGAGAUCAACUUCGUCCAGUAUGCUCACCGCUGAUAGGAUUUGGAGGAAUGAAGGUGCAGCCCGUGGGUACCAUUACAUUACCAAUGGUGGUAGGGUCAUACCCGCAACAGAUAACCAGGGAAGUCAAUUUCCUCGUGGUAGACUGUACUUCUUCAUACAAUGCCAUCAUCGGAAGACCCACUCUUAAUAGUUGGAAGGCGAUAACCUCAACCUACCAUCUAUCAGUCAAAUUCCCUACGGAGUACGGGAUAGGACAAGCACAAGGAGAUCAGUUGGCAGCUAGAGAAUGCUACUUAGCCAUGAUGGCUUUGGAUGAACAGAUGCAGACAAUGAGCAUCGAGGAGAGAAGAGUUAUUGCAGAGCCCACGGAAGUGUUGGAAGAUGUUCUUUUGCAAGAAGAUGAUCCUGAGAAAUUUACCAGAAUUGGAACAGGUAUGAAGGAGAAGGCAAGAGAAGACCUCAUCCAGUUCCUGAGAAAAAGUAUCGACGUUUUUGCAUGGAGUCAUGACGACAUGCCAUGA